AUGACUGCAAUAACGUUUGAUCAUGUCCUCGAUGUCAAUAAGAAAAGAUGUAUCAAAACUCUUGGAACAUUCCAGUAUAACAUGUCAGCAAAGCGUGACACCAGCGUGUCGCGAAGUCAAAGGAUAUGUUGUUACGGUAUUUGGAAUGCGCUGGGUAAUUCAGAAGGCUCACAAAGGAAAUUUAUCAAUUAUCCAAAUGUGACACGUAGUGAUUUUAUUGCUAAUAGCAGCGUCCACAAAGAUGAACUGUACUUUAUAAAAAAGCAGAGUUUGAGUGAUGGCAAUAAGCAACGUACAUGUCAGUUAGGAGCACCUUAUGGAGGAGAGCCAGGAAUUUAUAUAAAAAGAGAAAAAUUCGAAUUGAGUCUUGUGAUAUUUUUUCUGGUCCAGCCUUCAUCAACGCGCCGUAUUGAUAUCAUUUUGCGAAUAAAUUAUAUCGGUCAAUUAACAGUCACAGCGUUAGAAGAAUAA